GUGCGAGAGGCGGGGUUUGUAGAGGAAAAUGGCGGCCGUUCGGGGUUUAUACAUAACAGCUGCGGCUCUGAGAGCGGUCACCCCCUGGCAAAGGGGCAGGCUCCUCGCGGCCUCUCGCGGACCUUGGGCUCUUCGGGAAAUGUCGUCCUCCAACCCUGAAGCUGGCGAAGGGCAGAUCCACCUUACCGACAGCUGCGUCCAGAGGCUUCUGGAAAUCACCGAAGGGUCAGAAUUCCUCAGACUGGAGGUGGAGGGAGGAGGAUGCUCCGGAUUCCAAUACAAAUUUUCACUGGAUACAGUUAUCAACCCCGACGACAGGGUAUUUGAACAGGGUGGGGCAAGAGUGGUGGUUGAUUCUGAUAGCUUGGCCUUCGUGAAAGGGGCCCAGGUGGACUUCAGUCAAGAACUGAUCCGAAGCUCAUUUCAAGUGUUGAACAAUCCUCAAGCGCAGCAAGGCUGCUCCUGUGGGUCAUCCUUCUCUGUUAAACUUUGACGUGAUAGCAGGUGACCCAGAGAUUGCUCUCAUUUGUACCAAUUUGAAGAACCUGGGAUUUGAAGAAUUCUAGAGGUUUCCUUCCAAUCAUGUUCUUUUUUCCAUUUUAUUUCUCUCAGUCCAGGAGUGCCGUAUUUUGCCACUAUUUAUUUUCAGAAUAUGAAGCUUUUAGUCUUGAUUUAAUUUCUCCAAUUGUAAGGCCAAGCCUCUAGAUGCUGAGACUUAGACUUAUUAACUGGUUGAAACCCAGUAUAAUCUGUAGAGCCUCCAGGGUUCCAGAAUUUGGAGUUACUUCUCUGGCCUUCAGAGCUGUUUGUAUAUAUGUGUAUAAUUAUGUAUAAAAGCUUCAUUUUAAAGAAAGUCCUGAUUUACUUGUUUUAUGGAUCAGGGUCACAGAUUGGGUAGCUUUUGAACACUGAUUACUAGACCAGAGAGGAUGAGAAAGGCAAAUGAAAUGUUCUUUUUUUCAUCUCACCCUUCCUGAGUGUGCUAGUUGACUUACCCUUAUUUUCUCUGCAGCCCAUUAUCUACUUCCCACUUGUUAUAGCAAACAUGUUUUCUUCUCAUACUCAUGAAUCUGCCAGAUUCACAAAACCAAUAGCUCCAUCACCCAGAAAACUUGGACCUGAAUCUUACUGAUACUUGAAUCAUUUGAGAAAUAGCCUCAAUAUUCCAUAUUCACACAGACAUUUCAAGAUUCUGUGAUCAUUUAAUGAUUUAAUCUGUUUAGGGUAUGUUGCUCCCCUUACCUUAUAGUGUAAAAUGCCUAUGGUCUCACCGCAUAGCAAGUUGUUGAUAGAGAUGAUAGAUACUUUGGGAUUUUUUUUUUUUUUUUUAAGUUUGGACUACCAGAUAAAAUACAGGAUGCCCAUUUAAUUUUUUUUUUUUUUUUUUUUUUUUUAGGGCCUCAGCCGUGGCAUAUGGAGGUUCCUAGGCAAGGGUCAAAUUGGAGCUGUAGCUGCUGGCCACAGCCACAGCAACUCGGGAUCCGAGCCACAUCUGCAACCUACACUGCAGCACAUAGCAAUGACAGAGCCUUAACCCAAUGAGCGAGGUCAGGGAUCGAACCUGCAUCCUCAUGGAUACUAGUCGGGUUCGUUAUUGAUCAGCCACAACAGGAACUUCCCACUUAAAUGUGAAUUUCAGAUAUACAGCAAAUAAUUUUUAGUAGAAGUGUGUCCCAGUGAAAACUAAAAAAUAUUUGCUGUUUAUCUGAAAUUCAUAUUUAACAGGGUAUCUAUUUUCAUUUUCUUAACUUGGUAACUUUAGAGUCACUGAAAGAAGAGCUUUUUAGCCACAAAUUCCAAUGAAUUUUAAGGUACUUGUUUAGGUAUAGCACUUAAAUAGGCUAAAGCGCUAGAAAUAGUCCUGGUGUGUAUGUGACAGUGCUUGGAGCAGCCAGCACGCAUGGACAGACAGCUAAAAAAAGAUAAAACCACCACCACCAUGACAUGAUUAAUGAAUGCUGAUGUUGGGGAAGCCACAACCAAGUUGAUUCUGCAAGAAUUCUUGGUUUUUUCCUCAAGAGCCUAAAAGGUCCUAUCAGCAAGUCUUGCAUUUCUGGACUAGCUUGAAACAUUUCUAUACUGGAUUGGAAUUAAGGGGGUUCAGUGUAAGAAUUCACCAUCCAGAACACAGAAAUACAGAGUUUUGAGACAAUGUAUCUGAGAUAGAACCUUACAUACUUAACAUUUUCAGCAUGGGAAAACCUAAGACUUAGAGAAAAAAACCCAUGGUGUGUGCAGCAUGUACAAAAAAGGAAAGAAGGGGAUGCUCAGAAACAGCAAGGGUUUUUUUUAAGCAGAUUUCCAUGGAAGGAGGCAGAAAGCAGCAUAUGGUGGAAGUGUCUGUGUGACUUUACUGAGCCAUUGAAAGUUGCUGCCAACACCUGCUCAGAGUGAGACCUUUCAUCUUCCUUAAAAAGAUUUUUUUUGUUGUUGUGUAUGAAGUGUUAAACCUGUUCUUCCGGGAUAUUUUUGUGUUUAUUUUUUUAAUUGAUUUGGAGAUUUUAGCACAAACGUAAUAGUUUUAGUGGCUCAAUAAACAUUAAAUUCCAAUUAGGCAGGAGGAGGGCCUCCUCAAACGCCUAUGUGUAAGGACCUCCUAUUAAUGGAAGAAUUGGACGCUUGUGUUUAGAAAGGGUGGCUUUGGGAAAAAUCAUCUUACUUCAUCAGACUGAGAAAGCUUCAUAGGGAAACCUGAGGUGGUGACAAGAGGUCUCUGUUGGAGGAAGGUGCUGUAGAAGUUUCAAGAACACAGGGCAUAGGGGGAUCAUAGCACCAAGGGGACAGCGGGCAAUUGGCUUGGAAUAAACAGGAGCUGUGGUAAAAUAGGCUUAGGAUCUUCUGCAGGCCUUUCUGACCAGGGCCUUCUCCCUGGCGGGCCAUGAAAGCCAGCAGACCUUUUCACAAAGUUUCCUCACUGCAUUUCAUUUAGGAAAACAUUAUAUUCUUCCUGUAUCAAUUAGAGGAUUUUUUUUUUUUUUUUUUUUUUUUGCCUCUCCAUUGCUUUGAGGAGAAGUUAGCAAGACGCUACUUACUGCAGACUUGGUUUUAUUUAACUUUAUAAGCUAGUGACUGCCUGGGGCAGCCAGCCCCACCUUGGCUGUAGCCAGACUUAAUUGUGCAAGACCUGCUCAAAAGCGGGGGCCUCUUGGUCAACAUCCAGAGCUUUCCUUGUGCAAUCAUGUUCUUUAGGCACGUGAUUGGUAGUGACCAGUGGAAUAUAAACUAUAGGUGUCACACCCGCCCUUAGUUCUUUGUGCGGGAAUGUGACCUCUUCCAAGGAAUUAGGAGAAAAGAGGUUGAGAAGUGAGAGAGGAAAGGACCACUAAAGUGGGUGUCCUGCCUCUGUCUUCUGGGAAUUGAGCCCCAUUCUUUUGGUCUUGUUACAAAGCGUGAGCAGUGACACUUGGCAGGAGUGUCCUCUGCAGAGAAGCGGGCCCGGCUGAUCAUCACGGUGUGGCCCUCCUGGGAACUCUGGCCCUGGACUGAAGUUUGCUGUUUUUUGGGUUUUUUUUUUGUCUUUUUGCCAUUUCUUGGGCCGCUCUCGCGGCAUAUGGAGGUUCCCAGGUAGGGGUCGAAUCGGAGCUGUAGCCGCCGGCCUACGCCAGAGCCACAGCAACGCGGGAUCCAAGCCGCGUCUGCAACCUACACCGCAGCUCAUGUCAACGUUGGAUCGUUAAACUGAGCAAGGCCAGGGAUCGAACCCGCAACCUCAUGGUUCCUAGUCGGAUUCGUUAACCACUGAGCCACGACGAGAACUCUAAGUUUGCUGCUUAAAGGAAGUAGUUUGAGAAUAAUUAUCAUCUGUCUUUAACUGGAAAAUAUAGUCAGACAAAUAUAUAAAGGGAGUGUCUAAGCAGUCCAUGUCCAGCAGCUGUAUUUAAAAAUAUUUUAUUUUUUUGAAUAGAUAAUACAUAUGGUACAAAAUUCAAAGAGACACAAAAGGGAAUACAAUGGGAAGUCUCCCAGUCCUGUGCCCAUCCACCGUGUCACUCUCCCCACAAGCUACUACUGUUCCUAAGAUUUUACCCCACAUGCAUAAUCCCAUAGGUACCAUGUGAAAUAUGCCCAAGGGUAUUCGUUACAGCAUUAUUUAUAAUAGCAAAAGGUAGGAAACAAUGGAAAUAUCCAUCAGUGGGACUGAUUAAAUAAAUUAUGAUUUAUCCAUUCAGUGGAGAAGUAUACGGUCGUAAAUUAGAACCAGACAGCCCUUUAUGUGCAAGUGUGUAUUAAGUCAAAAAAGCAAAGUGCAGAAGAGCAUGCGUAGUAUGCUCUUUGUAUUUCUAUAUGUUUGGAAGUAUGUGUGUACGUAUGAAACAUCUCUGCAAGGGUGAGCAGGAGGGCACGGGGCAGGAGGAGGGGCAGUGCCAGUGGGGUAUCUCGAGGAAAGGCAAGUCCUUUGGCUGUGUGCUGUGCGGUGGAGUGCCAAGGAUGAGGUGAGCAGAUCCAAUUCUUUUCCCUCUUUGUUUAGACAAAUAGCAAUAGCAGCACAUGUUACACUUUGUUGUACAGCCUUCCUUUUCCCCUUAAUCCAUUUUGGACAUCUUAUCCAGGCAUUUAGGGCCACUUUUUUUUUUUUUUCUUUCUUUCAGGACUCCAUAGCAAUGAAUUGUUUCUCACCUUUUGCUAUUACAAAUAAUGCUAUAAUAACCUCUUACAUAUGUCAUUUUACCUUUGGUGAGACUCUACCUGAAGGUUACAUUUAAAUUCCUGAGGUGGAAUUACUGAUUUAAAGAGGAAGUGCUUUUAUAAUUUCGAAAGAUGUUGCCGUAUUAUCCACUUUAGAAGUUGUGUCAGUAUACACUCCUGUCAGCUACAUAUGUGUAUCUCUUUCCCCAGAUGCUUGCCGACUAAGAGUUUUAACAAACUUAAAUCUUUGCCAGCUUGACAUAUUAAAGAGUGUCUCGAUGUAGUUUAACUUGCAUUUCUUUUUAUUAUGAAUAAAGGUCAGAAUAUUUUCAUACAUUAAAGAA